AUGUGGCGUAUUUUUUCUUUCCCUCUUUCUCAAAUCCACCCUGCUGUUUUAGCCUUACAACUUCAUCUCCCGAAUAAGCAUAUGGUUAGAUUUAGAGAGGAUGAUAUAAUGUCUAACAUUGUUGAUAGGGAAAGAGAUAAGAGAACCAUGCUAACAGCAUUUUUCCUUAAAAAUAAAGCGGAUGAAACAAAACCGAAAUAUUUGUAUAAAGAUUUCCCGAAACACUACACAUGGAAUGGAGCCACACGCACUUGGACGCCUCGUAUACUUAAGCCACAGAGAGGUCGUAUUGUUUCUGCUAAUCCAGCUGAAGGAGAACGGUACUACUUACGCCUACUUUUGUCAAAUGUCAAAGGACCUACUUCUUUUGAAGAUCUUUGCACGGUUAAUGGGGUUACAUACGCGACAUUUCGAAAAGCAGCGCUUGAGAUAGGCCUAAUAGAGAACGAUGAUAGUUUGUCACAAUGUCUCACAGAAGCUUCUCUAUUUCAGUUUCCCAAUGCUCUUAGAAGGUUAUUCGCAACCAUAAUGAUUUUCUGCGAGCCUGGGGAUAUUCGUAAAUUGUGGAAUGAGCACUUUAAUGCAAUGUCUGAAGAUCAUCAAUUAUAUUGUCAAAGUGUGGAACGCGUUCAGAAUAUGGUUCUUACUGACAUUAGGGCCAUCCUACAGUCAAUGGGUAAAAAUCUCACUGAUUUUGAUCUUCCGAACCUCACAGAAGAAGACUUACAAUAUGGUAUUCACCGUGAGGUACAAGAAGAGUACGGGAUUGUUGUGGAAGCUGAAGACUUGUGUGCCAAAGAUGAGCUUAAUUCAGACCAAAAAUUAAUUUUUGAUGAGAUCAUGACACAUGUGGAUAAUGACCGUCCAGGUGUUUUCUUUAUAGACGGUCCAGGUGGAACGGGAAAGACAUUUUUGUACAAAGCUUUGCUAGCUCAAGUUCGUUCGCGUGGUCUUAUUGCUCUAGCGACCGCUUCAUCAGGGGCUGCAGCUAAUAAUAUGCCAGGAGGAAGAACGGCUCACUCGAGAUUCAAGAUUCCCAUUUGUGUUGAUAAUAACUCAGUGUGCAACAUAAAAAAACAAAGUGGUACAGCUGAACUAAUAAGGUCAUCCAAAUUAAUCAUAUGGGAUGAGGCAUCAAUGGCAAAACGACAAGCAAUAGAAGCAGUUGAUCGAACAUUGCAAGACAUUAUAGGCGUUACUCUGCCAUUUGGUGGCAAGAUAAUGGUAAUGGGAGGUGAUUUUAGACAGGUGUUGCCGGUUAUUAAACGGGGAACUAGAGCACAGAUUGUAGACUCUAGCCUACGAAUGUCACCUCUUUGGUCUAUUACGAAAAAGAUGCGGUUGACAAUAAACAUGAGAGCGCUAAAUGAUCCUUGGUAUUGUGGUUUUCUCUUAAGAGUAGGUGAUGGAACUGAACAAUCGAUAGAAGGAAGCUAUAUCCGCAUACCCGACAAUAUGACAAUUCCAUGCACUGACAGACAAAACUCUAUAACAGAAUUGAUUAAUGCUGUUUUCCCGUCACUUCAAAACAAUGUACAUUCUUCUGAUUAUAUAAUCUCAAGAGCGAUACUGACCACUAAAAAUGACAGUGUCGACGAGAUUAAUGAUAAAAUGAUUGACAUGUUUCAAGGGGAGGAAAAGGUUUACUACAGUUUUGAUGAAGCUGAAGACGACCACCAUAACUACUAUCCAACUGAGUUCUUAAACUCACUAACUGUUAGUGGUUUGCCGCCUCAUAAACUUCGUUUAAAAAUCGGUUGCCCCAUAAUAUUGUUAAGGAAUAUCGAUCCGUCCCAUGGUCUAUGUAAUGGCACAAGAUUGAUAUGUAGAGGUUUCCAACGCAAUGUUAUUGAUGCAGAGAUAGUUGUUGGACAACAUACGGGGAAGAGAGUGUUUUUGCCAAGAAUACCUCUAUGUCUUUCUGAGGACGACAUGUUCCCGUUCAAGCUGAAAAGAAAACAGUUUCCAAUUCGCCUCAGCUUUGCCAUGACAAUAAACAAAGCUCAGGGCCAAACAAUUCCCAAUGUUGGUGUUUUUCUCCCAGAUUCUGUAUUUUCGCAUGGUCAACUUUAUGUGGCGUUAUCAAGAGGAAUAUCACGGAAAAAUACAAAAGUGUUAGUACACCCUGCCAAAGAUUUCAAACAACCUGGGGUAUACACCUCAAAUGUUGUCUAUCGGGAGGUGUUACUUGAUGGAUGA